AUGCGGUUUCUUACAACUCGGGACUCGGUGGAUCCGAUGGAUGAGCACUGGGAAUAUUUCGACCGUGAUUCACCGUUCUCAUUCCAAUUGGGCGUGGGCCAAGUAAUCAAAGGCUGGGAUCAAGGGCUCGUGGACAUGUGCGUUGGAGAACGACGAAAAUUGACGAUACCGCCAGAAUUAGGAUACGGCGAUCGCGGAGCUGGAAAUGUUAUUCCGGGAGGUGCUACUCUGCUCUUCGAAGUGGAGUUGAUAAAUAUAGCGGACGCUAAGUCAUCGGCGAACGUUUUUAAGGAGAUCGACGUUGACAGUGAUAAUCAAUUGUCGCGUGAGGAGGUGAGCGAGUACUUAAGGAAGCAGAUGGUGGAAGCAAACCAGGCGGGUGACACCAGCGAAGAGAUGAAGAAAAUAAUCGACGACCACGACAAACUUGUCGAGGAAAUUUUCCAACACGAAGACGUCGACAAGAACGGGUUCAUUUCUCACAAGGAGUUCAGCGGGCCCAAGCACGACGAGCUGUGA